ACAGAAAGUGUGUGUGAAGGCCUUUACCGCUAGCCGCUUCCGCCACUGCAGCACUCCGUGCUGCUCAUGGUUCAUCCACAAGCAGCAGUGGUGAAUAAUGGCUGCGUUCAGAAAACAUAGCUGAUCAGUGAGCGGUUAGUGAUUAUUGGUCCUUACUGUUAGAUCCCUAACUUUAGACCAAUUACAUUGAUUAAUUACUCAACCGUUGUGUAACCGCUGUAUCUCCUGAAAGCACCUAAUGUGUCAUCAUGUGUGAGUCAUACGAAUAUACGGACGGCAUUAACGCCGGUGCGUGUACAUAUAAGAGUGUUUCAAGACUGAAGGUCAAUACUUCAGGAAACCAUUCUUUACAUAAUUCUGAAUUAAAAAGUUCAUAUGAAUAUGUGUUUUAUUCGCAAUGGUUGCCGAGAAAAAUCAAUUUAAUAUAUUUUGACCAACGUAACGCGUGAAUCAUGUUUUCUGAUUCCGAGGCGAAUGAUCUUCUACUUACUGUACGUACAACUGCUGGACGCUGCGCGACAAAUAAAGGAAAGUUACGUACAGCUGCAAUCAGCUACACGCGCGGUUCAUACUCGUGCGUUACGCUGUAUACAAGCAGAUGGUGGCAUCAUUGAAAACACCCUUUAAACUAAGGUGCGCUCAUCGGUCGGACGACCAGUCGGCAGGUGCGAAUUGUCGAUCAGAGCGGCUAACAGCGCCACACCAAAGCGCCUAACCUAGCGAGACACGCGUAACCCGGGACAACCGAGGAUAUGCCGAAGGAAUUGCAGAAUUGGCCUCGCUAUUUGAUGAAGCACGACGGACACAUAUGGGCUAUUAGUACGCGAAUCAAGCCCCGAUCGACAACUGCUUCUGAUCUCCAAGGUGAUAGAAGUCUUUGUCGGUGCUCGCGGGGCUCGAUUCGAAUCAAACUUUGGCGGGUCCACCGCCUUGGAAACCUUACGAAGAUGCCGACAAACGGCAUAAAUCAGCUGUCACAAAGCGCUUUCUUCAAGGGCGCAAUUCCUGCGGCCACUUCUGCACUACCACCACCUCCGCCACCCGCUGGACUCGACUCUAGAAGAAGACUCGUGAGCGAAGUUACGCCGGGAACUCGACAACAACUCCGGUAUAAAUAGAAUGCAGACAUAUUUUCAGCAGCGAGUCCAUCCGGGCGGGGGACGGAGCCGCCGGAUCACGCUGGGACGCGCAUUUCGGAUGUAAUACAAUAAAAUCACAACAACGAGCGUAUAAAGUCAUCCGCUGGCCGGCAACGGGAUUGGCGCUUUGACGACACCAUGUGCCGCGCGGUGAUCCAUCUUAACUGCCAACCCUUGCCACGGACGUGGGACUGUGCAAGUCGAUGACUACGAUGCCACCGUCCGCUAGAGCUGUCCUCCUCGAUCAUCCUCCGAUCGCGAUGAUUUUGCCCGAGCGGCGAUCGCGCGCGUUCCAAGUUGAUCCGACAAAGUCGUUUUCAUAAAUCGACCGCGCGCGCACGACGCCAACGUUUUGUCAGCGGUGCUGUUGCGCGCGUUCCUCACCGCGCGGCGCAACCGAAGGGGGCAGGUUGGCCUUGCGCGAUCAAAUCGAUUCGUCGCACUUUCAUCGAGACGGGCAGACGCCGCGAGUUUCAGCGGAAACCGCAUUCGGCGCGCGGUCGCUCGAUCGUUGACCACUUGAAACCGCGACGAUUUAUUUAUGCGGUGCGUGUGUGCGUUCUUUUUAUGAAUUAUUGAGACUCCUGGACAUUCGCCGCGGCCAUCUGGAUUUACGACGUUAGAAAAACGAGAGAACACACACGCGAAAUUCCUGCAAAAUAUGCUGAAAAGACAUAUCCAUAAAGUGAUAUCUGCAAUCGAUUGAGCAGAUCUGCAAAAUAGUCUGAACACUUCCAUCUUCUGCUCUAACAAUCAAUAAAUAACCGUAAAAUCAACGUGACAAAAUCACAAAGAAAGAUAGGUUAAAAAGGAGGAUUAGUGUCCCGCUGAGUUUGCGGUUAUUUAUUGAUUGUUAGAACAAAAGGAAAAUGCUCCAGCUAUUUUACACAUCUGCUCGAUUAAUGCACUGAGACAAAAAUAUCUAAAAAUUAAAAAAUAUUUAUUUAUUACCAUUAAUAUAUUUACUUAAAAUAAAAUUCUUUUUAUUUAAACCGAGUAAUGUUUACAUAAAGAGAAUUUAAGGU